UUCUCUAUGACGGGAGCGGGUAUUAGGUGCAUUGGAUGCGUGUACAUAGGACGCACCGAAGCCUUCGUGCGAUUAUACUCGGGUCUCUAUAGUUGAAAAUUAGAUACUACGCAAGUCGAAACGUAGUUUCUCCAUAUGUAGAGGUAUUCGGUGUAUUAAAAGCAGGCUACAUGUGCUCAUUAAAUAACUCUGAGCACCUGAUUGUUUACCUUGUAAAGCUAAUCAUAAGCAAUACAUGCGAUGCGAUUUGUUUCGCAACCAGGAUUGACAUUCAGCAAUUAUAAGCGUGCUUAUCGUUUUGUCGUUUCGAUUGGAAUCUCUCUACCUUAAUUUGUGUCGUGGUUUUCGAACGAAUGAGUUCUUGUUCCCCCUCCAAUAAACUCUCCGUUCAUGUAUGCCUGAAAUGUUACGGGACUAUGUUGCUUCAAACAAAUCAUGACAAGUAGUCGUGAGCAAUGCCGGUUUUCCAUCACCAGCAGACAAAUUGCACAUCUGUUUCCAUUUUCUUCAUUGGCAUUUCAUCAUGCGCAGGUGCAACAAAAAGGAGGGAAAUAGGUGAGAAAACGAGUUCUAGUCCUCCACGCCAAAGAAAAUUCUCCCAUUUCAUCUCCAGCAAGUUUCAAGCAGCUGUUGAACUACCCUCAGCAAAUCUCACCAGCAUGAUCUCUCGAUCCCUUCACGAUUAAUUGGCAGAAGCCUCAUUUGCACAACCCUUUUUCUUCAGCAUAAAAGCUCUAGACAAAUUAUCGUUUGCUAUCUCCUUUUCCCUUUUCUCUGUUUCCCGUUUUCGAAAGAUCUUUGCAAAAAUAAAUGGCGGGGAAAGAGGAGAAGAAAGUUGACGUGAUCACCGCCAUAUACAAAGUUAACCUACAUUGCCCAGAAUGCGCGGCUGAGAUCAGGAGGCCUCUUCUCAGAACACAAGGUGUUCACCAAGUGGAAGUGAACAUGGAGAGCAACGAAGUGAAGGUGAAAGGGGCAAUCGACCCGCUGGGAAUCCAUAAGAAAAUAGAGAGACUCAGCAAGAGGAAGGUGGAGUUGAUAUCGCCCAAGAUCAAGAUCAAGGAAGUCGAAACCGAGAAGAAAGUCGUCAAGGAACGCCCCAAAGAACUACCCGUGCGAACACACAAUUUGAAGGUCUACAUGCACUGCGACCAAUGCGAACGCGACCUGCGGACUAAGCUUAUAAGACAUCAAGGUAUCUACAGUGUCAAGACCGACAUAAAGGCUCAAACCCUAACAGUCCAAGGAACGAUCGAGCCCGAGAAGCUCCUGUCAUACGUGCGGAGGACCGUGAACAAACGGGCGGAGAUCAUACCUCCGAAACCAGAGAAGAAGGUCGAGAAGAAAGAAGAGGAGAAGAAGGUGGAGAAGAAAGAGGAGGAGAAGAAGGUGACGGUGGAGAAAGAGGAGAAGAAGGUGACGGUGGAGAAAGAGGAGAAGAAGGUGGAGAAGAAAGAGGAGAAGAAGGUGACGGUGGAGAAAGAGAAGGAGAAGAUUGUAGAGACAAAGGGCAAAGAGAUUGUGGAGUUCACAGGAGAGAGAAAGAUCGUGGAGGUCAAGACCAAGGAGGGAAAUCCAUACUUCGUUCACUACGUCUAUGCUCCACAAAUGUUCAGUGAUGAAAACCCAAAUUCCUGCUCUGUCAUGUAAUCUUUUGGUAACACUAGUAAUGAGUCAGCAAGAGUGAAGCUUUAGUAGCUACAGACCUGAGUUUGUCGCUGUACCUAUAGAGACGGGUCAUACGAGAAUAGUAUAUGAUAUGAGAAUCAUAGCUUUACCA